AGGGCUUGUUUUGGAUGUAGACUUUUUUUAUCACAAGCAGACCCACAAAAGAAAAAAAAAGUCUCCAUAACCCAUGUCUGAAAAGACAUGUCACCUGACAUGACAUCAUUACGUUCGUGUAUUUUGUACACAACACUGCGUUUAAUUUUAAACAUUUCCUUUGUCAUUCUUAAUGAGCAUGUCGUCAUCACCAACGAGAGCGCCUGACGCUGUCAUUUGCGCGACAUCAUCAGCAUCAUCAGCAUCCUCCUCCUCCUCCUCCUCCUCAUCAUCCACAGUGCGAUACGAGGCUGAGCCCCGCCGCACUCAAGCUCGCUUCCUUUCCGCUACUCCGUAAAGCCGAGAGGAAGAAAGCGAGCGCCUUUUCUUCCGCGGACGUGCCCGCUUCCCGCACGCGGCGCCCGGCCAUGGCCCCCACGGCGGAUCGGUGUACGGCAGCGGAGCGUUGAGGCCAUGCAGUCUCUGUUCGGCGGCGAGCUGGGCCUGCUGGGCGGGUCCAGCGACGGCCUGAAGGAGGACGGCUGCGGCGGCGUGGGGUGGCGCUCGCCACCCCUCCCCACGGACGAUGUGUACUCGGCGUCGCACUUCGCAUUGAUUGCCGCCUACCAGGACAUCAAGAGCAGGUUGGGUGGUCUGGAACGAGAGAACAGCAGCAUUAAGAGGAAGCUCAAGCUGUACGAGAUCAAGUUCCCGAUGAUCGGCGAGUUCGGCGAGGAUGCCAACUCGUACUGUUCCUUCGAGAGCAAGGAAACGGCGCUGCUGCACUCGGAGAAUGACAACUUGCAACAGAGGGUCAACAUUCUGACACAUGAGCUGCAGAAGAGGAAGGAACACGAGGAGCAGCUAGAAGAUGUGAUUCAGGCCUAUGAGAAGAUCCACAUGGAGAAGAGCAACCUCCAGAGGGACCUGGAUAAGAUGACUGGUCUGGUGGAGAAGCAUGUGGAGCGCAUUUUGGGCCUGGAGGCGGCACUACGGCAGCGAGAUAAUUCUCUGCAUAAGCUUAACCUGCAGCUGCACAGCAAGGACAUGCAGUACCUCCAGCUACACGCCAGCCCCGAUGCACACAUGUUGGAUUGUCCCACCAUGACGCUUCAGAGCUCGCGUAGCCUCGACGCUCUGUCCGACCUGAAGGUGCAGCGGUUGGAGGCGGAGCUAGAAGGGGCUAGGCACGAGGCGCAAGGGGCGUGCCAGCGGGAGGAGGAGCUAAAGGUCCAAUGUGAACGCCUCAAGGAGGACGUCAGGCAGCUGCAGGGCGGCCAGCGUGACAGGGAGAUGUCACCGUGCAAGCAGUGCGACGUUGAGUGGAUCAAGAAGGUGGGAGACGAGCAGGUGAACCUGGCGCUGGCUUACACCGAGCUGACGGAGGAGCUGAGUCGCUUACGGGCGCUGAGCUCGAAGCAGACGGAGAUUUUGAGAAAAGCGUCGCAGGAGCGACACAGUCCAGUCCAGCUACACUCCCCUAUCCACCACCAACGCCACUCGCCCGGAUCCCAGCAGCGCCACUCGCCCAUCUCCCAGCGGCAUUCCCCGGUGGCAGCGGCGGUGGCGCACCACUCGCCCAUCCAGCAGCGGCGCUCGCCUGUGCUACAGCGCCUCUCACCCGACACGCACCGCCGCUCGCCCUUGCUGGACGUCGGCGAGGCAGGCCCGGCUUCAUACUCUUGCCGCCCGGCCAGCCAGCACCUGCGCGCCAGCUUCCAGGGCCGCCGCAGCUACUCGGAAGUGACCGACCCGUCGGCAUACCAGUGCCCGCCGCGCUUCUCCCUGGACCCAGUGUCCACACUGCCCAAGCCCCGGCCUUUUGUGGAAAGCUACUCCAAACAGACACCGCAGCACUCCCUGCAGCAUAGAGGCACGACGUCACCUCACCAGGGCGGCGGUGGAGGCGACGACGGCGCCCUGCGCCACCCUAGGGAGAUGCCCUUUCCGCUCCGUUUUGAACCGCCGCCACCUCCCUCCGCGCAGGCCCCGCCGCCGCCCCCGCAGUCCUCCGAAGAUGAGGAGGAGUGGACCUGCCCGCAUCCCGUCAGCCCGCCACGGACGCUGGGGGUGCUCACUUCCGCCGUACCUGGGGGCGCCACCAGGGGUCCGGCGUCCUGCUCAGCCUUCCCCACCACCCAGUGCGCCAACGCUCUGGGCUGCCACUCUCGACCCGGCUACAUAUCGGCCGAGCACGCUCAGUCGUGGCCCUCCAUUAACCUUUGGAUGGAGACGGAAGAAAGCGACGUGCGCAGCUGCCCGCUGUGUCAGCUGAUGUUCCCCGUCGGUUACCCUGAUGACGCCCUCAUCAAGCACAUUGACUCCCACCUGGAGAACAGCAAGAUCUGAUCACCCUGGUGACCGGAGGACCCAAAUCAUGUGCUUUUUCUUUUGUCUUUUUGCUUUGUUUUCCACGUUUUGACGAGUCACGAAGGUUCAGUGGUCGUGCAUGUUGGUGUCACCUUCACAAAUCCGAGCUUUAAAAGACGAUCCGUCCGGCAUGAAACACGAACAUUCGUACUGACGUUAUACCUUUUACGCUUGCGGCCUGUUCUAAAAUAAGAAAAAAAAAAUCUUAGCACUUUAUGCUAGUUUUUUAGCUUCUGCUGUGUGUCUGUCUCAAGUCCCCUUAUAUACAGUAUUAUUUUAUUUGUAUUGUAAAUCUGUGAAGGCAAAAAAAAAAAAGAUUUCUAUUUUUUCAGCACGUUUGAGGCUGGCAAUGCAAGCUUUCAAACGGUGGACAGAAAAACACUCAAAAGGUGCGCUGGGAGUCUUCCUAAAAUAAAAAUGUAAUGGACAAAAGUAUUGGGUUUGGAAUUUGAUGGGCAUGUUCUAGUUUUUAAAGUGAAAUAUGUAUGAAAAGUUUGUAAAAUAGUUCAAUAGUUAAGUAAUUUAUUCUCAACUUGAAAAUAUAUUUAGACUAUACAACUCACAUGCAAUUAUUUAAAUGUAUAUAUUUGCCUAUUUUACUAAUAUAUUCAACCAAAAAUAUUUAACUGCAUGUAGAAGUUUAUUUUAAGAAUGUAUUUUUUUCAAUUUUGUUAUUAAGAUUUUUUGACCAAUUAUUUAAUUUUUCAAAAAUGCUAUAUUUAUACACUUAAUGCCAUUUAAUUAACCAAUUAAAUAUUCUUGGAGAAUGUGAACCCAAUACUUUUGUCCAUACAGUGUACCCACAAUACACGAUGUCGGCCCGGACCACCCACUUCAAUAACAGCAAAAAAAAAAAAAAAAAAAAAGAAAGAAAAAAGGAGAGAGUAAAAAAAAUGCUGGUGAAUCUCGAUAAAACGACGUUAAGACUGAUGUCAGCUCAUCUGAGGUUUUGCGGCUCACAUGAGCACUUCCUGCCGAUAAUAAAAAGUCAUUUUCAUUUUCUCUGCUCUCCGUCAUAAAGUCAAAUCACCAAAAACGCCAUUUCUGCCAAGUUCUUUCCCUUUCUACGAAUUUAAUCGAUAUUUUCUUGAUGCUAACUCCUUUUUCGGAAAGGGCUACUUUGCCAACGUGCGCGUCGCCAGGUGAUGACAUCACAAGACAUUAUUUGUGACACGUUUUCCCUCCAACAGCCGCUUCAUAACCAAAGAAUAUCCAUUUCCCUCAUUCACAUACAACUUUUAAUUUUUUAGUUUUAUUGGUCGGAUGUACGGCGAGUUGACAGAAAAUAAUUAGCAUAAAUGCUAAAUUAGCUUAUGUUUCUAAUAUUACGGAGCCCCCCUGGUGCCAGGGUAAGACAACAAAUAAUGUACAUAGCUAAUCUGUACCCACAGUGGACAGAUGUACAAGGCUAAUUGAGACUUGUCCACACAGACUCACUGUGUGAUAGCAGCCAAAGGUGCAUCUCCGAAAUACUGACUAGUUUAUGCUAGUUUUUUAGCUUCUGCUGUGUGUCUGUCUCAAGUCCCCUUAAACACAUGAUGACUAGGGGGUGUAUACAGUGGGGCAAAUAAGUAUUUAGUCAACCACUAAUUGUGUUCAAGUUCUCCCACUUGAAUUAAUCUUCAACAUGGGUAAACCUCAACCAUGAGAGACAGAAUGUGGAAAAAAACAAACCCAGAAAAUCACAUUGUUUGAUUUUUAAAGAAUUUAUUUGCAAAUCAUGGUCAAAAAUAAAUAUUUGGUCAAUACCAAAAGUUCAUUUCAAUACUUUGUUAUGUACCCUUUGUUGGCAACAACGGAGGCCAAACGUUUUCUGUAACUCUUCACAAGCUUUUCACACACUGUUGCUGGUAUUUUGGCUCAUUCCUCCAUUCAGACCUCCUCUAGAGCAGUGAUGUUUUGGGGCUGUCGUUGGGCAACACGGACUUUCAACUCCCUCCACAGAUUUUCUAUGGGGUUGAGAUCUGGAGACUGGCUAGGCCACUCCAGGACCUUGAAAUGCUUCUUACGAAGCACAGCCCUGGCUGUGUGUUUGGGAUCAUUGUCAUGCUGAAAGACCCAGCCACGUCUCAUCUUCGAUGCCCUUGCUGAUGGAAGGAGAUUUUCACUCAAAAUCUCUUAAUACAUGGCUCCAUUCAUUCUUUCCUUUACACAGAUCAGUCGUCCUGACCCCUUUGCAGAAAAACAGCCCCAAAGCAUGACGUUUCCACCCCCAUACUUCACAGUGGGUAUGGUGUUCUUCGGAUGCAAUUCAGUAUUCUUUCUCCUCCAAAUACGAGAACCCGUGUUUCUACCAAAAAGUUCUAUUUUGGUUUCAUCUGACCAUAACAUUCUCCCAGUCCUCUUCUGGAUCAUCCAAAUGCUCUCUAGCAAACCGCAGGUGUGUACUGGCUUCAGCAGGGGGACACGUCUGGCAGUGCAGGAUUUGAGUCCCUGGCGGCGCAAUGUGUUACUAAUAGUUCCCUUUGUUACUGUGGUCCCAGCUCUUUGUGGGUCAUUUACUAGGUCCCACCGUGUGGUUCUGGGAUUUUUGCUCACCGUUCUUGUUAUCAUUUUGACGUCACUGGGUGAGAUCUUGCAUGGAGCCCCAGAUCGAGGGAGAUUAUCAGUAGUCUUGUAUGUCUUCCAUUUUCUAAUAAUUGCUCCCACAGUUGAUUUCUUUCAACCAAGCGUUUUAUCUGUUGCAGAUUCAGUCUUCCCAGCCUGGUGCAGGUCUACAAUUUUGUCUCUGGUGUCCUUCGACAGCUCUUUGGUCUUGGCCAUAGUGGAGUUUAAAGUGUGACUGACUGAGAUUUUGGACAGGUGUCUUUUAUACCGAUAAUGAGUUAAAACAGGUGCCAUUAAUACAGGUAACGAGUAGAGCCUCGUUAGAAGAAGUUAGACCUCUUUGACAGCCAGUAAUCUUGCUUUUCUGUAGGUGACCAAAUACAUUUCCACUCUAAUUUGGAUUCUUUAAACAUCAAACAAUGUGAAUUUCUGUUUUUUUUUUUUCCACAUUCUGUCUCCCGUGGUUGAGGUUUACCCAUGUUGACAAUUACCGGCCUCUCUAAUCUUUUCAAGUAGGAGAACUUGCACAAUGGCGUACCGCAAGCAACACGUCACUUCCGCUCAUUAAUAUUCAUGACAUUAGCUACUGUUGCUAAGUAGGGACAAGCCACCGUUUGUCCCUAAUAGGAAAUGAAUGGAAAUCGUGUACGAAGGAGAUGUUUACAGAGUCCUCUGAAAGACCAUGCCAACCCAACAUAAUGUUUACUGCAUAUGAAACGUGAAUGGAUUCGCCGAGCUGGUGUUAAAGUCCGUGCAAGUUGAUUAAGUCUUCACAUUUUUGCCUACCGAGUUUUUGGUUUCCGGAAACGUAUGAAGAAAACAUCCUUCAUGUGUCGUAAUGUCUAGAGUUGUUUCUACAAGUUCCAAAAAAGCAAUGCGUAAUCGGGAUGUUCGUUUUUGAAAGAUUACCGGAGAAAAGUAGCACUAAUUACGUUGGGUCUAUGCGAGGGCGGGUCUAUAAUGUCCCACUUUGGCUUUUCUUCCGCUUUACGAUGCGACGUCACGGUUUAAAAAUAGCCUGCGUGCGGUACGCCAUUGGUGGUUGGCUAAAUACUAAUAUGCCCCACUGUAAUUACUUUAAAGUAAGAUUAAAAACAAUGGCUGUGGGUACAGUUAAGUAAACUGUGGGUACAGAUUAGCUAUGUAUUUUUUUCUACCUUGGCACCCGGGGUGCUCUGUAUAAUAUAAAUGUCAACUAAAAUGGAUUUUAAAUUUACCAUUUUUGUUACUCAUGAUCAUAUACCAAAAACAACUGAAAAGCAGUGUUGUUUUUGGCAGCCCUUUUAAUUUUUGUCUUAGUCCUUCGGACGAAAAUACUUAAUUAGUACUAGCCUAGGUUCAUACCGCAGGUCUCAAUGCACAAUUUCGAUUUUUUUGUCUGUCUCUUUUUUUGCCGUGCCCGUUCAGACAGCCUUUGUUCAUUGAGCCCUAACUCGUAGUCCGACACGCGCUGAGCAAGCUGACCCUCAUACGCAUGUGUAGAAGCAUCAAAACAAAUGACUCACAUGUUGGCUGUACGUCAUUCCAGGGUGAUCAGUUUUUGUUUUUCAAAAAGAGGACACAAAUAACAGACAUUAAUAAUCCCCGUUUAGUCUUAUAUUCAAAGUUUAUAUGGAUUGAUAGAACACAUGCACCCACUGUGCGUGUGUGACACACAGUCGCACACACAUAAGGUGUGUGCGUCAGUUUGCCACAACUCAGCCAUGUAAGCAAUACUGAAAUAUUGCUUAUUUGGCGCACAGAAAGAAAACCGAGCAUUAUCAGGCUUAUCCUUUUAUACAUCUUAUUUUUUUAAUGACUGUGGUCAAGCCGGCUUCCUACGUAAAAACCGAAUUCAAGCUAGCUGGGCGCUAACGCUAAUGCACAGCUAUCACUGCCGUCCUGCCUGCCGCUCUCACUCUUUGCUGACGUAAUUGCUGCAUAAAUUCCGAUUUGGGAGAUGUGACAGUUCAGACCGCCGCCAAAUUCUGGAAAAAUGUGCUCCAAAUCGGAUUUAAACCUCAUACUAAAGUGACCCAGAUCGGAUUUGAAAUGGUCCACUUCUAUGCGACUUGUCAAGAGACCGUCCACUUAAUGUCUCACUUGAGUCGGAAAAACACGAAAAAAAUCAGAUUUGUGCAUUAAGACCCGCGGUAUGAACCUAGCCUUAGUCAUAUUUUAGACAUUUCAAAAUGUGUUCGCCUUCGUCUAGUUUUGGUCGACGAAAUGACAAGCAAAUUUCGUCUAGUUUUAGUUAGUUAGUUGAGUUACUCGACAGUAACUCAAAAUGUUUGUCUGUAAAAUUCAAGUUUUAGUCCGAAAAUAAAGGUUUCCACCAAAUUCGAAUGAACAUCGACAGACGAGCACAUAUUGUAGCGUCUACAAGGAUAACGCUGACUUUGUGAAGAUAAUACACACUCAGCAGCAAAAGCAGUACAUUAGUUGCAAAUAAACCGACCUAGAAGACACGAACUUUAUGUGAAAAAAGUUGUCCGAGCGUUUAAGAGGAUGAUUGUCAUGCUAAAGUUGAUGCUAACGCGACAAGUUACAUUUAGUUUGUCAUGAUCACUCAGCACACGUCUCGUCAGACGAAAACUGGCAGUCGUCUCGUCAUGUUGUCGUCUCCAAAGCAACAUUUUUUGCACGUCAUAGUCACGUCAUCAUCAUUAUUUGACGACGAAAUAUUUCCGUUAUCGUCAUUGUUGACGAAAAACAACACUGCUGAAAAGAGAUGUUUUUAUCCCCAAAAACGAGCUGUGUAAAACAAAAAUACACGAGUACACCACACUUCUUUCCUUUUUUCCUUCUUUCGUUCUGCAUCGACUCAGGAGAACUCCGAAAAACACCCCGACCAGAGGAAAGAAAUCCUUUUUUUCCAUGACGACUCGCUGAUUCACUCAGGAGACAAAAAGGCUUUUAUGUGAUUUGCCUUUUUUUUUUUUUCGUUUGCUUCCUGUGUCUGUAAAUAUUCCACUGAAUAAACUUGCACUGAAACAUG